AUGAACGACGAAGAUGUCUCUCGUCAAAUCCACCAGAUGGUGAGGUUUAUCCAACAAGAAGCUCAAGAAAAAGCCACUGAGAUCUCUGCUUCUGCUGAAGAGGAAUUCAAUAUCGAGAAGCUUCAGUUGGUUGAAGCCGAGAAGAAGAAGAUCAGACAAGAAUACGAACGCAAAGAGCGCCAAGUUGAAAUUCGAAAGAAAAUUGAGUACUCGAUGCAGCUGAAUGCUUCUCGGAUCAAAGUUCUUCAAGCUCAAGAUGACAUUGUUAGUUCCAUGAAAGAAGUUGCAGCUAAAGAACUUUUGAAUGUGAGCCAUCAUCACCUUGUUGAGGAUAUUUUGCAUGUGGGCCAUCAUGAGUACAAAAACCUUCUAAAAGAUCUCAUUGUUCAGAGUUUGCUAAGACUGAAAGAACCUUCUGUCUUGUUGAGAUGUCGGAAACAUGACGUGCACAUGGUAGAACAUGUGCUGGAAGCAGCUGCAGAGGAGUAUGCUGAAAAAGCAGGUGUUAUUCCACCAGAGAUCGUUGUUGACCAUGAUGUCUAUCUUCCACCUGCACCCAAGCAUCACCAUACUCACGAUCCCUACUGCUCUGGUGGGGUGGUGUUGGCUUCUCGCGAUGGAAAGAUUGUCUGUGAAAAUACUCUUGAUGCACGGUUGGAUGUAGUGUUCCGCAAAAAGCUUCCAGAGAUCCGAAAACAGCUAUUUGGACAAGUUGCUGUUUGA